CGCAAGAAGCCACCUUCCUCCCUCCUCCCCCUUCCCCUCCCUCCUCCCAAUACCAACACCACUAUGUCGGGAGCCAUCGGACUGAGCCAGCAGGGCGUCGAGCUCGAGAACAUUAUGCGCAGCACCGAGGGCGUGGAGCGCAAGACCAAGAUCUUCUGCACGCUGGGCCCGGCCUGCUGGUCGCAGGAGGGCAUCGGCGAGCUCAUCGACGCCGGCAUGAACGUGGCCCGCUUCAACUUCUCGCACGGCGACCACGUCAGCCACGCCGACACGCUCAACCGCCUGCGCGGCGCAUUGGCCUCGCGCCCGCACAAGAACGUGGCCGUCAUGCUGGACACCAAGGGCCCCGAGAUCCGCACGGGCUUCCUGGCCAACAAGGACAAGGUGACGAUCCAGAAGGACGCCACGCUGGAGCUGACCACCGACUACGAGUUUCUGGGCGACGAGACCAAGAUCGCCUGCUCAUACCCGGAGCUGCCCCAGUCCGUGCAGGUCGGAGGCACCGUCCUCGUGGCGGACGGCUCCCUCGUGCUCACGGUCACGGAGAUCAAGGACGACGGCAUCGUCACCCGUGCCAACAAUACCGCUACCAUUGGUGAGAGGAAGAACAUGAACCUGCCCGGCUGCAAGGUGAUGCUGCCCACCCUGACGGAGAAGGACGAAGAUGACCUCAUCAACUUCGGCCUCAUGCACGGUGUGGACUACAUCGCCGCGUCGUUCGUCCGCACGGGCCAGGAUGUUGACAACAUCCGCAAGGUGCUCGGCCCCCGUGGCCGCGGCAUCAAGAUCAUCUCGAAGAUUGAAUCCUUCGAAGGACUCGAGAACUUUGACGAGAUCCUGGCCAAGACGGACGGCAUCAUGGUUGCCCGUGGCGACCUGGGCAUGGAGAUCCCGCCUGAGAAGGUGUUCCUGGCCCAGAAGAUGAUGAUCCGCAAGGCCAACAUCGCUGGUAAGCCGGUUGUGACGGCCACGCAGAUGCUGGAGUCGAUGAUCAAGGCUCCUCGCCCGACCCGUGCCGAGUGCACGGAUGUGGCCAACGCUGUGCUCGACGGCACGGACGCCGUGAUGCUCUCGGGUGAGACUGCCAACGGUGACUACCCCACCGAGGCCGUCUCGAUGAUGGCUAAGAUCUGCGUGCAGGCUGAGGGUGCCAUCCACCACGAUGACGUGUACCAGUCGCUGCGUAACGCCGUGCUGGACACGUACGGACCGAUGACCACCCAGGAGGCCAUCGCGUCGUCGGCCGUGAAGACUGCUAUCGACAUUAAGGCCAAGAUGAUCGUGGUGCUGACGGAAUCCGGUAACACGGCCCGCUUGGUGUCCAAGUUUCGCCCUUCGAUGCCGGUGCUGGUUCUGACGGCGAUGGCCGGCAGCGCGCGCCAGUCCGAGGGCUUCUACAAGGGCGUGCGGGCUCGCUGCAUGGGCUCGAUGAUCGGCACGGACUCGAUCCUGUACCGCGCCACGGACCUGGGCAAGCAGUUCGGCUGGGUGAAGUCUGGCGACAACGUGGUUGCCCUGCACGGCAUGGUGGAGGCCCGCUCGGGCUCCACCAACAUGCUCAAGGUGCUCACUGUAGAAUAGGUGAGGGAUGGGAGACACAGCCAGCGAGUGCACGCAACCUCGCAGUCGCAGUUACACUCCACGACAAAAAGAUAUGGACACCACCAAAAGUGGCUGUAACUUCGUCAUUUUU